UUUUCAGCUUUAUAUAUUGUGAGAUGAGCUCCACUUUUGUUCACAGAAACAAUGUGUGUGAAAGUCUUCUUCAAUUUUUGCAUACGACUAAAUAAGCAAAUUAAUACUGAUUCAAGCUUUAAAAAUAGUUGAUCACUAAUCGCAAUGUAAAACAAGAGAGAGAGGACAGACCGUAAUACAAUUUCCCUCGCGGCUAGACAUAAAAAGUUUGACCUGCAUAGUGUAAAAAUUGACGAUACCGUAGGCACCAAAGUGGUUGAGGGGUCGCAUGUCAACGUCAAAUUCCAAAAUGUACGUCAAAGCUGUAUGAAUUUUUUAUUUCAGUUUAAAUGUAUUUUGUAAUGUUUGUUGUUAAAUUACUUGAGGGUUUAAGGAUUGUUUGGGAUUUCACCUGUAUUUAAAGAAACAAUGUUAAAAUUUGGUUCAAAGCAUGACAGCAAUAUUGUUUACAAAUGCACAGUAAGGCUUUUAGAAGAUACGGAAAUACUUGAAUGUGAAUUCAGGCCCCAUGACAAAGGCAAUCACUUGCUUGAUUAUGUAUGCCAGCAAUUAAAUCUUGUGGAGCAGGAUUACUUAGGCCUUCGCUAUGUGGACAACAAUGGUCAGAGACACUGGUUGGAUUUGGCCAAAUCCAUCCUCAAACAAGUCAAAGAACUAGAGCCAGUGCUAUUUAGUUUUCGUGUGAAGUUUUACCCCCCUGACCCAACCCACCUUAAAGAAGAAAUCACCAGAUACCAAAUGUUUCUUCAGCUAAAACGGGAUUUGUUGCAUGGCCGUCUGUAUUGUGGUGCCAGUGAAGCUGCUAUGCUAAUGGCCUUAAUUGUUCAAGGGGAAUUGGGAGAUUAUGAUCCUGAAAUUCACGUGGGCCAUUAUGUUGCCGAUCUAAAAGUCCUGCUUAAGCAAACUCAAUCAAUUGAAGAAAAAGCAAUGGAAAUUCAUCAAAAGCAAAUGAAAGGACGUGAUCAGUCGCAAGUUGAAUACAGUUUUUUAAAAUUAGCCUGUCAGCUUGAUACUUAUGGAGUUGAUCCACAUCCAGUAAAAGGUCUAUUGCAGGAGACUAGAGGCACACAACUUUAUUUAGGAAUUAAUCACAGUGGCAUACUAACAUUCCAAAAAAGUAGAAAAUCACACCAUUUUAAGUGGCACGAUAUUCACAAAAUCAACUAUGAAGGAAAAGUGUUUAUUAUUCAUUUAAACUACAAUGAUAAGAAACAUACUGUAGGCUAUAAAUGCCUCACAGGUGCUGCCUGUAGGCAUAUAUGGAGAUGUGCCAUGGAGCAAAUGCUGUUUUUCACUUUACCAACUAGCUCAGAUGCUCCAUCUGUGGUGUCUGGGGGUGGUUUCUUUUCCUGGGGCACGAAGUUUAAAUAUACUGGUAGAACCGAGCGCGAGGUUUUAGAAGGUUCUGUAUCGCCCAGCCGGCAGGAACCGAAUGUUCAAAGAACAUCCAGUCUGAGAAGAAAAGCUUCAAGUGUACCUGCAACUCCAUCAACUCCUUUACAGCCUCAUUUAGGAUACAGUAGUUUACCUCGUUCAAGUCAUUCUGACGUGGGAGCAUCUCGCAUGGAAAGUAGUAGUAGUACUGGUCUUUUAUCAGGACUAGAUGGUAAUCCUGUUCAGGGUUAUAGUGAUGUAGCUGCCUUAGAAACUGUGUGUGAAGAUCAGGAAGCAAUAACCGCUAAAAAAUUACGCACCACAGAUUUCGGGGUUCUUAAGUACAAGGACGACUCCAUCGAUAGAUUUAGUGAUUAUUAUUUUCGUGAUUCAUUUGAACAUUCCUCUUCAGAAUCUCAGCUUAUUGAUAACAAUUAUAGAUACGAUAAUACAAACCCAUCACAUCGUUCUAGCCGCAGUCAAACGCCAUUAUCGCAUUCCCAAGUAGACGGCCGUAGUUGCGGUCCGAAAAAUGCCCCAACAGUUCAGAAUCAACAUGAGAAAGGUGGAAAAUUUAAGGUUUUUGGUGCCUUUCUACCAGCUCUCUUAGCUAUUACGGUUUUCAUAUUGGUUUCACUCGUCAUAUUAGAAACCGAUAUUCCAUUUUUUGGUAGCAUCAGAAAUAUUCCAGAAAUCGUUACAUUUAGAUAUCAUAUAUAUGAUCCCGUUAAAUCGUUUUUGCGCGACCUAUUUUCAUUUCUUUUGAAAUAUUAGAAAGCGAAAAUUCAAUAAUCGAAUGUAAUGACAAAGCUUGUUUCCUAAAUUAUCUUGAAAAUUUACCUUUCUCUUCAUUUCCUAAUUAGGUUGCUUCAAAUUUGUUUGAUAAAACUCUCAAAAGCAUCAGAUUUCAAAAUUAAAUGUAAGUAGAUCUUCAUAUUGUGAUAUACCAAGUCAUUCCAAUGGUUUUACGGCGUUAAAUUCCAAUUCACCCCUGAUUAUUUGGUAAGAAGUAUAGGUGAGGACGCCAAAUAAAUACGUAAUGUUCCAAGAUUAUUUCGACUCACACGUCCACAACUAGUUGGAAAAUUUUUGGUUUUUUACUUGCUUUUGGUAACCUGGAAUCGUUCAUUGUUUUAAGUACAAAUACUCAAGGCGUAACUAGUCUCUCUUAAUUUUUUACUAAUAUUUAUAUAAUUUAUUGGUAGUAGCGUUAAAUAGACCUGCAUAUUGGCAAAGCGAGGUUUGCUUCGAGUGUUAGGUUUUUUAAAUUUCUUAUUGUAAACACCCUGGUUAGUGGGAAGUUCCGAAUAUUAUUCGGGCUAUGGUAAGUAAGUUUUAUACACAUUUUGGCCAUUAUUGAAGCAAUAAAAUCAUGCUAGUGCUAAAACGUCGUCGAUACAUUUAAGUGUUUCGGGUAGUAUUUGGCUUCGUACAUCAUGCACAAUAAGAUAGCAUAAUACUUAAUUGUAUGUAGUUUGAGAGUGCCCACCGGUUUAAUUAUUCCGUUACAUUGUGAUAUCAGUCUAAAAUAUAACUUUGACGGCAAAAUUUUGUUGGAUGAGAUGAAAUUAAUAAGUCAUACUUCUCUAGAAGCAAAUGGUUUCUUACAAAAAUUUGAAUUUUUUUCAUUUGUUCAUUAAAAAACUCUUCUCAGAUAUUCUAAUUCAAUUAUUGCCAUUAAACUUACCUAAAUCUGAGGUUCCUUAGGGCUUAUGUAGAUUUUCGUGCACAUUUUUCAUCGAAUUAGGACUUAUUUAUUACAUGUUUAAUGGUACGGUCUUCUUUGCAGAUGUUUACUCGUGUCAUAAUAUUAAUUAGUUGUCAUUACAAUAUUGUUAACACAAAACUGAUAGAGAAAAUUUUCGUUUAAAGAUUUUGUCACAUUCACAGCAACAACAAUUUUAUUACGUAGAAAAUAACAAGUUUACGUAGAGAACUUUGUGCUUCCAGUAAUAAGCUUGGGUUGUCGAUAUUUUAAUCAGAAAGCUUUUUGUAAUUUCUUCUCAAUUUCAAAUCAGAUUAUUACAGGAGAGCAUUAUAGAUAAAAACAUAUUUUAUCUGGACAUCGAAUUUGUAAGUUUUUAAAACAGUUCCGCGUUUAAUUUUUGCUGCAUUUAGCAUGUUAACGUGCGAUUUUAAUGUGAUACAUUGGAAUUACUUAAAGCAAUACUUCUAAAAUAAUUUUUAAUGACUAGUUUUAGUAUUUUGGUGUCUUGUCGUCUAAAAUAAGGCUGUUUCUAUUGGAUGUGUAGAUAGUUAUUUUUAUCUGCAGAGAUGACCACAGUACUUAUAGUUAGUUGGCCAAACUAAUAAAUUACCCAUGAACCAAAUUAUUAAAAAUUAGAGGGAAAUUGGUAAUCCUUGUACUUGAAUUCAAAUGGUUAUUGGUUCUAAAAUACGAAUUAGCAUAAGGAAAAAUUACAAAUGAAUGAUCAUUUGAAGUCAGUUCAUGGGUUUUGUAGCAUCUGUAGUAAUCGCGUUUUUGUAAUACAGAUUUUAGUUGUGUAGUGGUGUGCAUGUUCUCGUUUAGAGUUGAUUACUUUAAUUGAGUUGUAACUAAAUUUCUUUAUAUCAAUGCACUGUACUGUAAGGGAGAGAAGGCAGUAAGAACAGAAAGUGUUUUCACAUUGCGUCUUUUAAAAAUAAAUCUGUGAUCUUUUUCCAAUCUGCUGCUUUAGACCUAGAAUAAUAUAUACCCUCCCUUGGAAUCGACUCCAUAAUCAAAAUAAAAAAAUGUUUACUUGUGUUAAGCUUCAAAGUUUGCAAUAUGCUUUAUUUAACCACAUAAGGAAGUUUAAAUGAAAAUAGUGCAAACUUUUGAUCUUUAUUUCAAUUUAUAAAAAACUGUCCCGAGCUUGUAACAUAACUUCAGUUCAAAGUAUGUUCUUUCCUGCACAAUAAACAAAAAUACCGGAAUGUAAUAGUUUACUUUUGUAAUAAUUUAUGGGUCCAUAAGUUUCUGCUUCGUAAGGUAUUUUUCUUCCUCAUUUACUAUAUUUUAUAUACUCUCCAAGUAAGUAAAGAUGAAUAUAUUAAAAUGUUUACAUGAAGGCAAAGCCGUGAGGAAGAACAACUGUUAUCUUACGAAGUUCAACGACUUUCUUUGAAGAGAUCUUAUCAUAAUGUGCGGUAGAAUAGGCGAGCAGAUGCUGAUAAAAUCUCUAUUGCAUUUAUUGUUUCUCGCAAUACUUAAUUUUAGCAAAUUAAGAACUGCGUUUUGUAAUAAUUUUUUACAAAUAAAACUUUUGCCAAAUACAAUUCUAAGUCAAUUAAA